CUUCCCCUUCCCUCCACACACAAUGCCAUUGAGGUCCCUGGAGAACAGCAGCAGCAUGUCCUCUACCUUCCUGCUGAGUGGCAUUCCUGGCCUGGAGCACAUGCACACCUGGAUCUCCAUCCCACUGUGCUUCGUAUACACAGUCUCCAUCCUGGGAAACUGCACUAUCAUCUUUAUCAUUAAAACAGAGCCCUCGCUCCAUGAGCCCAUGUACCUCUUCCUGUCCAUGCUGGCUCUGACUGACCUGGGGCUGUCUCUUUGCACCCUCCCUACAGUGCUGGGCAUCUUUUGGGUUGGGGCACGAGACAUUGGCCAUGAUGCCUGUUUUGCCCAGCUCUUUUUCAUUCACUGCUUGUCCUUCCUGGAGUCCUCUGUACUCCUGUCUAUGGCCUUUGACCGCUUUGUGGCCAUUUGCCGCCCCUUGCACUAUGCUUCUAUUCUCACCAACACAGUCAUUGGCAGGAUCGGCCUGGCUUCUUUGGGUCGCAGUGUAGCACUCAUUAUUCCUUUACCUUUUAUGCUCAAAAGAUUCCCAUAUUGCGGCUCCCCAGUCCUCUCACAUUCCUACUGCCUCCACCAGGAAGUGAUGAAGUUGGCCUGUGCAGACAUCAGAGCCAACAGCAUUUACGGCAUGUUUGUCAUCGUUUCUACAGUGGGUAUAGACUCACUGCUCAUUCUCUUCUCCUAUGCCCUGAUCCUGCGCACUGUGCUGUCCAUUGCAUCCAGGGCCGAGAGGCUCAAAGCUCUUAACACCUGUGUUUCCCACAUCUGUGCUGUGCUCCUUUUCUACACUCCCAUGAUUGGCCUGUCAGUCAUCCACCGCUUUGGGAAGCAGGCACCUCAUCUGGUCCAGGUGAUUCUGGGCUUUGUGUAUCUUCUCUUCCCUCCUCUGAUGAAUCCCAUCGUCUACAGUGUGAAGACCAAACAGAUCCGCGAUCGUGUGACCCACGCCUUUUGUUUCUAGCUGGGUCUAAUCUUGGAGGCACUGUUUUUGUAAAUGU